CUUUCCUGUAAAAAACGUCUUGAAAUUUUAACAUCGCAAAACCCCUCUUCUAUUAGUUCCUUUUCAGGCAGCCUAUCUUCCUCUUCAGCCUAUUUUCUUCAGCCUAUUUUGUCAUAAUUUCAUGGAUACAAUUUUAAGCAUGUGGAAUCAUUUUCCAUAUUUGUUCAUAAAUCAUCAUUCAUUCACUUGCCAGAUUCCUCAAAAUUUUGUUAGUAAAAGCCAUCAAAGACGCACUCUAUUGUUUCAUUUCACACACUCAAAUGGCUAUAGGGUUACAAGAGAGCACACACGACGUAGAAAUCAGAAACUCUAACCCUAAAUUUGAUGACGAUGGUCAAGUAAAACGAACCGGAACGUUGACGACCGCAACUGCACAUAUCAUAACAGCAGUGAUUGGAUCAGGAGUGUUGUCAUUGGCAUGGGCCAUUGCUCAAUUAGGCUGGAUUGCGGGGGUUUUUGUUCUCUUCAUUUUCUCCAUUAUUACUUGGUUUACUUCUACUCUUCUUAUUGAUUGUUACAGAUCUCCCACCACUGGAUCAAGAAAUUACACCUACAUCAAAGUUGUAAAAGCCAAUUUAGGAGGAACUUAUUACAAAUUUUGUGGAUUAGCUCAGUAUGGGACCUUUAUUGGAGGAACAAUUGGAUACACAGUCACUGCAUCUAUUAGCUUGGCGGCAAUUGUCAGAUCAAAUUGCUUCCACAAGAAAGGUCACAAUGCAGGAUGCCACACAUCAAAUAAUAAAUAUAUCACAGCCUUUGCGAUCACAGAGAUCCUACUAAGCCAAAUUCCAAAUUUUAGUAAGCUUGCGGGCCUCUCUAUUAUUGCUGCUGUAAUGUCUUUUGCAUACUCUUUCAUAGGCCUUGGUCUCUCCAUAGCAGAAAUUGCAGGAGGAAAUCAUCCGAAGACAAGCUUAACGGGAGUAACCAUUGGCGUCGAUGUUACAAGCUCAGAGAAAGUCUGGAACUCUUUGCGAGCCAUUGGAAACAUUGCCGUUGCCUAUACUUAUUCUAUUGUUUUGGUUGAGAUACAGGAUACACUGAAAUCAAGUCCACCAGAGAACCUAGUGAUGAAGAAGGCUAGCUUCAUUGGCAUCUCGGUCACCACUGUGUUUUACAUGUUGUGUGGAAUUUUAGGUUAUGCAGCAUUUGGAAACAAAGCACCAGACAACUUUUUAACAGGAUUUGGAUUUUAUGAACCCUUCUGGCUUAUUGACUUUGCUAAUAUGUGCAUUGUUGUUCAUCUUGUGGGAGCUUACCAGGUGUUUUGUCAACCCAUAUACCAUCUUGUGGAAGCAUGGUUCAGCCAACGGUGGCAGGAAAACAAAUUCUUAACAAAAGAAUACAGUGUUAAAAUUCCCAUGUGCAGAGUUCACUAUGUGAAUACUUUCCGGUUGGUUUGGAGAACAGCUUUUGUAACAGUAACUGCGGUGAUUGCGAUGAUAUUCCCCUUUUUCAACAGUGUUCUUUCACUACUUGGAGCUGGUUCAUUUUGGCCAUUGACAGUUUAUUUCCCAAUAGAGAUGUUCAUUUCACGGGCAAAGAUUGAACGUUUUUCUUUCACUUGGAUAUGGCUAAAGCUUUUGUCCAUGGUCUGUCUGAUCAUCUCUCUUAUUGUUGCUGUUGCAUCCAUUCAAGGCCUUGUUAAGGAUCUUCAAUUAUUCAAGCCCUUCAGUUCAGUUUCCUAGUUCAUUGUUUAUUGAAUAGAACGCUUGUAAAUAAAUUUUAUUAAUUUAUCUAUACAAUUGAGAUAACAAUCUAUAAUUAAA